GCCUAACAGUAACAGCGACCAAAAACCAACAACAACGAGGCACCCACCCUCGCCUGCUUUGCCCUUCGUAUUCCUUAAUAAGGAAAGAAAUUUCACCAACGACAUCUCUCCUUCUCAAGUCGCCCUUAUCCGCUUUCUCUAUUUCCUUUCAUCCAUCCAAGUUUCUUCCUCCUGUCUCCUCCUCGAUCCCCCAACACGCUCCUUCCGUAACUAGGGUUUCUCGUGAGUUUCUUAGCUAAAUUUGGCUAUAUGCCUGCAGUUUUACCUCACCUUCUGUCCCUCUCCUAUUAGGCCUGCACUUUUGCUUUUGCUUCACUCAAGGAUAUACCACAAGCUGCUUCUGUAGUCAAUUCUUCCUUCAACCUUGGCCAAUUCUUCCUUCAACCUUGGCCUUUGCUUUCUUCCUAUUGUCUCUACUCUUUUAGUUUUGCUGGUGAGAAUAAGGGGAAUCUAAUGGCGCGGGAGAAGAUUCAGAUUAAGAAGAUCGACAACGCUGCGGCAAGGCAAGUGACGUUCUCCAAGCGACGCAGGGGGCUCUUCAAAAAAGCUGAGGAGCUUUCUGUCCUCUGUGACGCAGAUGUUGGCCUCAUAGUCUUCUCCUCAACUGGAAAGCUUUCUGAGUACUCCAGCACAAGCAUGAAGGAAAUGCUCGAAAGGUAUCAUUUGCACUCGAAGAACAUAUCACACCAAGAACAACCGUCUCUUGAAUUGCAGCUAGUUGAGGACAGCAACCGCGCCAACUUGAGCAAGGAAGUUGCUGAGAAGAGCCGUCAACUAAGACAGAUGAGAGGAGAAGAUCUGCAGGGUUUAGAUAUCCAGGAAUUACAGCAACUAGAGAGGUCUCUCGAAUCUGGAUUGGGCCGUGUAAUAGAAAAGAAGGAAGAGAAGAUAAUUACUGAGAUCAGUGAUCUCCAGAGAAAGGGAAUCGAGUUGAUGGAAGAGAACGAGCUGUUGAAGCUUCAAGUGGCAAAAUUAUCUGAUGGCAAUAGGCAAGGUGGUACUGAGUCCGACAUCCUCACUAACGAGGAAGGCCAGUCAUCGGAAUCUGUCACUAUCAUCUGCAACUCCGCUGGACCUCCUCAAGACUCUGACAGCUCAGACACAUCGCUCAAGCUGGGGUUACCAUAUGCUGGCUGAACGGAAUGUGUAGGAGAUAUCCUCAUAUGAUAAAACAAGAGAAGGAAGGACAUAGUGUACAUUUCGAAAUAUGGAGCUGUACUAGUAAUAAAUGAAUUCCAUCAACUCAGAACUUGUUAAUAUCACAGCGAAAGUCAAAAGAAAAAAAAAAAUCUAAUUCCACUA